UUGCUACAUGAGAUGGGCUCUGCAUCUCUGUGUGAAGAUGCAGAGCUGUCUGUGGGCAAUGAAUACUUGAGGGGUUGCCAGGUGCUCUGCAGGUUUGGACUGAGUCUUGGCCCACUUGCCUCUGGGCGUCUGGAUCCCACUCUUGCCAGCUUCUGUUCCCUGACCUUGGUUAUCACCCCAUAGCUGCUCCUUACCUGGCAUCGCCCCUCUUUGAGGUCACAUGUCACCAGAACCCAGUUCUUAGUGAUGCCACCUGGAGCAGUCAUAGCAAUGGACCUCCUCCAUGAUCUGGCAGCCAACCCUGAGCUGGAGGCCUUCAUUCCUUCCACCUGCCUGGCUGGUGACAUGACCACCAGUCACGGUGCUCAACUCUACCUCCUGCUGGGCUCCCCUGGGACUCCUCUGUGGAGGGAGCCUUAUGCCUGCUGUUCUGGGAGGCAGGUUGGGCAGGGGUCUGCGGCCCUUGUGAGCAGAGGUGCCUGGGGGCUCUGCUCAAGGCCUAGCCACCAGCAGGGUCAGGCAGAGGAGGCCCUGCCUGUCCUGUCCUGCCAACGGAGCCCCUUUCUUUGUAUUUUGAACCAAAUAACAUGGAUUUGGUUGUGAGGGUGUGGACGGUCCUGCGUUCACCACAUAAACACUACCCUUUGCUGCUGACACUCGCACCAUUCCUGAGCUCAUUUUGGACGGUUUUUGUUUCUUUGUACAGUAAAUGUAAGCUCUGACCUCCAGGCUACAUUUUAUGUGAAUUAAAAUCUCUGGUUUUAACUGGCUGGUCAGUUGGAGGUGUGAGGUGGGGUGGGUCUGCACUCUGACACUUGAUGGGUCGAGGGCUGCUUUGUCGAUCCCACCACCCCCCAUAACUAGUCUUGUUGACUGGUACACAUCCUGGCCACUGGGGCGAGUGUGGCUGCAUCAGCCUCCCCGGAUACAGGGAUGAGCUGUGUUUCUCUGGGUUAGGCAGGCUGCCCACCCAGCCUUUCCUUCCCCACACGGCAGUAAAGCAAAUGGCUGGCGGGAUCACCUGUUCCCGCUGCCCCCAAAGGCUGGAGCCUGGGAUCCUGAACCUGGGAGACCGAACCCUCCCUGGGGGUGUUGGUGGGGCAUAACCACUGCUGCCUGGGAGGGCAGUGAGCUUCGAGUAGGCAUGUGGUGUAGGCGGUGGGCCGUCCCCUGACAUGCACUCCAGCCCAGGACCAUCACACUGCACAUUACCCCCACCUCAGGCCACAGCUUUGUGGGAGGGUUCUGGGCCUUGAGCCCCGUCCAAAGUUCUGGCCCCCCAUGCCUGAGGCCCCCUCACAGAGCAGAUCAAUGGCGUCCUCUGCACCUGGUAUGUCUUUUGGUCUCAUUCUGACCAGACCAGGCUCUUAUUACCCUGCCUCCUGGGUCAGAAGGUCAGACACAGGGUCAUGGGACGUUUUCAUCCAGUCUUAAAGCAGAUGCUCCUGGGGCCCCAGACCCCAGGGAAGGGUUUGGAAGGGCAGAUUCUGGCGGUCCCUGUGUUUGAUCUCCCUUCCCCCUCCUUCCGGGUCCUGAAUCCAAGCUGGGAGGGUCUGUGAAGCUGCUUUGAUCCGCUGAGCCCAGAGCCUGGAGGGAGGAGGGCCUCCGGUUACAGUGUCCCCUCCCCUCCCAACUCUGACCAGAGCCAGCCCUUCUCCGCCCCUCAGUAACCCUGGUGGCCAGUGCCUCCUUGCUUCUGGGCCUCAGCCCCUCCCCCACCACGCCCCCUGCCCUCUGUUAACCACAGAGGGCCAGGCUGUGAAGGGGUCUUGCCAGAGCUCAGAUCUGGAAUCCACCCAGUCCUUUGCACAGGGGUGUUGAGAGGGAGCAUUUGCUGUGGGCUCAGACCUUGGGGGCCCAGAGGAUCGGUCAGGGGCCCAAGGUCAGGGUGCUGACCACAGGCCUGGAAGGGUGGAUGCCUAAAGGGAUCAGCACAAAGCAAGUCCUGAAGGGCUGGCAGCCACUCGCCCCCGCCCUCUGGGCCGGUGGUCCCCAUGUCAGCCCAGAGGCUGCUUCUACUGCUACUCCUCAUGGUUGGGCUGACCUCGGGGGCCAGCCUGCUGCAGGGGCCCAGAAGCCACUCAGGCGUGUGCCCCAACCAGCUCAGCCCCAACCUGUGGGUGGACGCCCAGAGUACCUGUGAGCGCGAGUGCAUCGGGGACCAGGACUGCCUGGCCACUGAGAAGUGCUGCACCAACGUGUGUGGGCUGCAGAGCUGUGUAGCUGCCCGAUUCCCUGAGGGUGGCCUGGCCACACCUGCACUGGUGGCUUCGUGCGAGGGCUUCUCAUGCCCACAGCAGGGCUCAGACUGCGACAUCUGGGACGGGCAGCCUGUGUGCCGCUGCCGUGACCGUUGUGAGAAGGAACCCAGCUUCACCUGUGCCUCAGAUGGCCUCACCUACUAUAAUCGCUGCUACAUGGAUGCAGAGGCCUGCCUGCGUGGUCUCCGCCUGCACGUCGUGCCCUGCAAACACAUUCUCACCUGGCCACCCAGCAGCCCAGGGCCACCUGAGACCACUGCCCGCCCGACACCCGGGGACACCCCAGUGCCACCUGCCCUCUACAGCAGCCCUUCCUCACAGGUGGUGUAUGUGGGGGGCACCGCCAGCCUCCACUGCGAUGUCAGUGGCCGCCCACCACCCGCUGUGACCUGGGAGAAGCAGAGUGAGCAGCGGGAGAACCUAAUCAUGCGGCCAGACCAGAUGUAUGGCAAUGUGGUGGUCACCAGCAUUGGGCAGCUGGUGCUUUACAAUGCCCGGCCUGAGGAUGCCGGCCUCUAUACCUGCACUGCACGCAACACUGCUGGCCUGCUGCGGGCUGACUUCCCACUCUCUGUGGUCCAGCGGGAUCCAGCCAGGGACAGGGCCCCCAGCGCCCCUGCGGAGUGCCUGCCCCAAGCGCAGGCCUGUGCCAGCCCCCUCUCCAGCCAUGUCCUCUGGCACUUUGACCCACAGCGUGGUGGUUGCAUGACCUUCCAAGUUGGCAGCUGUGAUGGAGGCACCCAGGGCUUUGAGACCUAUGAGGAGUGCCAGCAAGCCUGUGCCCGCGGGCCAGGGGAUAACUGUGUGCUGCCAGCUGUGCAGGGCCCCUGCCAAGGCUGGGAGCCACGCUGGGCCUAUAGCCCACUGCUACAGCAGUGCCAUCCCUUCGUGUAUGGUGGCUGUGAAGGCAACAGCAAUAACUUCGAGAGCCAGGAGAGCUGUGAGGAUGCCUGCCCUGUGCCGCGCAUGCCACCCUGCCGGGCCUGCCGCCUCAGGAGCAAGCUGGCGCUGAGCUUGUGCCGCAGUGACUUUGCUAUUGUAGGGCGACUCACAGAAGUGCUAGAGGAAUCGGAGGCUGGCGGCGGCAGCAUUGCCCGCGUGGCCCUAGACGAUGUGCUCAAGGAUGACAAGAUGGGCCUCAGGUUCUUGGGCACCAAGUACCUGGAGGUGACGCUGAGUGGCAUGGACUGGGCCUGCCCCUGCCCCAAUGUGACAGCAGGUGAUGGCCCGCUGGUCAUUAUGGGUGAAGUACGAGACGGUGUGGCUGUCCUGGAUGCUGGCAGCUAUGUCCGUAUCGCCAGCGAGAAGCGCAUCAAGAAGAUCUCAGAGCUGCUGGAGAAGAGGGCCUGCGAGCUGCUCAACCGCUUCCAGGACUAGCCCCACCUACCUAGAGCACUGCCUGCCCCUGUCCUCCAGUCCUCCCAGUCCCCGCCCCCCAAUAAAAGCAUUUCCCAGGAGGGA